UAUGGUAUUACACUGCUGUUCCUGGUGCCUUAAGUGUAUCAGAAAUAUACGUUCGUUCGCGUUGUCACAUAACGACACAUUUCUUAAAUGGAACACAGAUAAGGAGGUGAACUAGCUCGCCGAUUUUGUCAAAGUUUUGAGUUUUUUCAUCCAGCGAAGGGAGUGCAUGGAGUUCAAUUCAGUCAUGUUGAGAGUGGUUAUAAUCCUGGGGAUUUUGGUCAACGCAUUUGUAGGCACACAUGCUAUUUCCUGUCUGAGUUGUGAGACUGGCUACGAGCAUCUAAAUGAGUGUAACAGAGUUGUUCAGUGUUCUGAAGGACAGGCGUGUUACAUUGAAAGAGUGAUGCCACUAGAUGGGGGAAGAUCUAAAUAUUUGGCUGGAUGCAGGGACAUGUCGUUGUGCAACAUUGAAGGCUGUUCAGCGAAGGAUACCAAGAACCUCACUGCUCCUAGCAAACGAUCAGACAUUGUCAUCUGCUCAGAAUGUUGCUUCCGCUCAUUGUGUAAUACACAGGGAUGUGGUGGCGUUUUCGAAGCGAGUUCUACUUCAAUCCGAUGUUUUAGUUGCCCAGAAGUUUACGGAAACAUGUCUUGCAACACUUUCACCCUCUGUGAUAAUAAAACUCAGAUGUGCCAGUCCGAAAAAAUCGGUCUUAACAGACAUCCUCACCCAGGUGCCGUGGAAUUGGGAUGUGGGAAUCGAAAUAAAUGUAUAUUCUCGCAGCAGCUUUACAUAAAUCAAAGCGUUCCUCUAGAAGAUCAAGCGAUUCAUUGUUGUGACAGCCAUCUCUGUAACUGGAAACCACUAGACGACACCGGUGAAGUGGAAUCUAUAGCAAACAAGCUCACAUGUCCCCCAGAUCUUGUUGCGCCAACAACGACAACUACAAAAACGACACCGGCACCAAGAACAACAACUUCAACCACGACACCAGCGCCAACAACGACAAUUACUACAACAACACCACUGCCCAAAGUGAUCAGCACGUGUAACUUUGAUGAUGGUCCGUGUGGUUGGAACAAUAUGGCCGGAGAUAACUUUGAUUGGGUUUUAUAUAAAGGUCCCACACCCACAGGUGAAACAGAUGACACUGGACCGACAGCUGACCACACCUUUGGCAACGCUUCAGGCAUGUACGCCUUCAUAGAGUCAAGCUCACCGAGAGCCAAGGAUGACAAGGCCUGGUUCGGAAGCCCCUUGCUGGCUCCUUCUGUGCAAUCGGGGCCGCAAUGCCUUCACUUUUGGUAUAACAUGAACGGUGCCAGCAUCGGAACACUGAAGGUGUUCAUGUCACAGAACAACGCUUUUCCCGGAUACACCAUUUGGGGAUUAUCUGGAAACCAAAGUAGAGACUGGAAACAGGCUCACGUGACACUUGAUUCUCAUGUUGACUUUCAUAUAAUUAUCGAGGGAACAGUCGGUGCUGGUUUCCUUGGUGACAUAGCAAUUGAUGACAUUGUUCUCAGUGCACACCCUUGUUCGGAAGAUAGCACAACUUCAGAUCGACCGCCGUUCCAGUUAGGCACUGAAAGUACCAAAUGUCACCAGUGUACAGGCCCGAUCCAGAUUUGUGAACAGAUCCAUUUCUCUAAACCAUGCCUUUACCCUAACAACUACUGUAUCAACCACAUCACCAACCAUUUGGACGGUACCAGAACAGUCAAUAGGACGUGCGGUAACUUUGACACAUGCUAUCGUGAAUGGCACCUCGGUACAUCUGAUGAGGACAAAUGUGACGUGAUAAAAAACAACCAGCACGUGGACUUCCAGUGUACCUUCUGCUGUAUCAAAAACGACUGCAAUGUACCUCUCAGACCUGCUGAGGACAGCCUGUACAAGCCCAGAAUGAUUGGCUAAGAUGCUCGAUUGUUGUAUUGAAAUACACUCCGUUGGUUGCAAAA